AUGCUUGCCAUUCAUGAACAUAUCAGAUUAGGCAGACGUAUCAACGACAAAAAGAGCCUAAAGCUAUUUCAAAACGUUAUUUAUUCCAUUGACGAGACGCUGGACGAGGGACAGAAACAAAGGUUGGUCAACAUCUUAAUCAACAAUGGCGGCACAUCUUCAGAUCAGCAGCAGCAACCACCCAACCUGUUUGUUUCCGAGAAAACCAAGAUACCAGACGUACAGUCUGUCACACCACUAUGGGUUGAAAGGGCAGUUGUGAAUGGAUUUGUACACGACAUGUCUUUUUAUGAACCCGGAAAAGAUCAAUUCCUGUCGGGUCAAGUAUUAUUACUGCUGGAUUUACCUCUGGAGAGCAAGCCAAUAUUUGAUCAGAUCAACAAGUUUGGCGGACAGUACCGCGAUGAUUUCAGCCAGGAUGUAACAUGUUUGGUCUGCAUAGAACCGAGAGGAACGUAUUAUAAUGACUGUAUCGAGAGAAACAUCCCAGUGGUGCUGCCUCAAUGGCUGGAUGACUGCUUGCGAUACCAUCACCAAUUCCCUUACGACACUUACCGGUUGCCUACACCUACUAUAUACUAUCAGCACAAGCCUUAUCCUGCAACCAUUUUCAAAUACCCAUUAGGAAAACAGGUGUCGCUGCUGAUACCAAGCAAAGACCUUGUGCGGAAGAGACCAUUACACAAUCAAGUCGUAUAUUUUGGAAAGGACGUUCCGUUCAUCAAAGAGAAAAAAACAGACAAGACGGAAGAGGGAGAAACAAAAAAAGAGGCUGAGGCACUGAGACAGCUUUGGUAUUCAAUGGUUCAAGAGAUGGGAGGAACCGUUGCAGAAGAAUACCAACCGUAUCGAGUCACCAUUGUCAUUCUCAAAUACAGAUCAUCAUUAGAGUACAAGCAGGCUGUGCAAGACCAAAAGUGCAUCGCAAGUUGUAGUUGGCUAUCCAAUACCUACUGCAGAGGCUACUUGUGCUCGCCUAUGGACACAUUGCUCGAUUAUCCCAUUCCAAAGGUGGGCAUUGCUGGCAUGGAAAAGUGUGUGAUUGCACUGACGGGAUUCAAGGGUGUCAACAGAGAGUUUCUCAAUAGACUGAUCUUUGCAUGUGGAGCCUAUUUUUCGGCCAAACUAGCAAAGGACACAACUUAUCUAAUCUGUGGUGGUGGCUAUGGUGACAAGUAUGCUGAAUUGCCCAACUAUCCCAAUGUGAUACGAGUAAAUCAUCUCUGGCUGGAAGAUUGCUACGCUCAGUUUCGAAUGAUAGACUAUCGAUCUGAUCGAAGGUACACUUAUAUCCCGACAGACCAUGCAUUGAUGGAGCGCACGGUGGGCCAUACUCGACUGAUGCCACAUAUCAUUGAUCGGUUCAAAGAUGAUACGUAUGAUCAAGAGCCACACACUGUGUAUCAAGAAUACGAAUUAGGAUUCAUAAAGGAGAGGAAACCUAGAAAAGCAGCACUAAGAGCCCAGUCCGUGUUGAAUGAGCACAUUAUACCAGAUGCCAAUGCGUAUGAAAAAGAGUACAAGAAUAAAAAGUAA